AUGGUGUGGCCUCCACAAAUCAAUCAUGGAAUGUCUUCAAUGACUAGGUUGAUUGCGGUGGCAAUUGACAGGGAUAAAGGAAGCCAAAUUUCUCUGAAAUGGGCUGUUGAAAAUCUUGUCGCUAAAGGUCAGACCCUAAUUUUGAUUCAUGUUAAAGCAAAACAGAGUUCACCAUUUUUGGCUCCAUCCGCAUCUCUGCCUCUGCCAAGGCCUAACCAGAAUUCUGAUAUGGAUGAGAAUGGGUCGGCUAAUGUGGAAUCCGCUGCACAAACAAAGGAAUUGUUACUUCCUUUCCAUGUAUACUGUGCAAGGAAAGACAUAUCAUGCUAUGAUGUUGUGCUAGAAGACACAGAUGUAACCAAAGCAAUAACUGAAUUUGUAAAGCAAUCAGGAAUUGAUGUAUUGGUUCUUGGUACAACAGCAAAAGGCAGUAUAUUCAGAUUUAAAGCAAAAGACAUUCCAGGAAGUGUGUUAAAAGGGGUGCCAGAUUUUUGUACCAUAUAUAUCAUCCAGUGGAAAGGAAAGAUUUCAUCCAUGCGAGCUGCUUCCCGUCGACCCCCGUCCAUCCUAAGCCCAUUGCGUGCGCAAAUAAUGCUUCAUGUCUGCAGCCAAUCCGACACAUCUGAGCCAUCAUUAUUCUCCAGCAACAAUUCCAAAAGUUCUUUUUCUGAACAAUCAAAGACAGGAUCAGAACCAUCUCCAAAUGCCAUCCAAAAUGAGGCACACUUCAUGAAGUCUCCAUUUACUCACAGGAUGGGUCCAAAUGGCAAACCAUUUGAUCUCUCACCUCAAGAUACUGACAUAUCCUUUGUCAGCUCUGGAAUGAAAAGCAUUGACAUCAUCUCACGAAGGAAAAGCAUUGACAUCGUCUCUGGAAGGAAAAGCAUUGACAUAAUCUCUGGAAGGAAGAGCAUUGACAUGUUUCCUUCAUAUUUUGAAUUCGAAAGUGGUCAUACCCCUCCCCGGCUUUCAGGCUUAUCAGACAUAGAAAAUCAUGCCUUUGAGUCAUGGCAACUUGGGCGAAAAUCAGUAGGCACAAUCCCACUGGAAUUGUCGUAUGCCUCGCUUGAGAACGAUAGAACAUCCACGUCACAGUCAAUGGAGGAAGUAGAAGCAGAAAUGAGAAGGUUAAAGCUGGAGCUCAAGCAAACAAUGGAUAUGUACAGUACCGCGUGCAAGGAAGCACUCUCGGCAAGACAAAAGGCAAAAGAGCUCCAGCACUGGAAAAUGGAAGAACAACGAAGAUUAGAAGAGGCUCGAUUAGCAGCAGAAGCUGCAUUGGCACUUGCAGAAAAGGAAAAGGCCAAGUCAAGGGCAGCCCUCGAGCAUGCUGAAGCUGCACAGAAAAUAGCAGAGUUAGAAGCACAAAAGAGAAUAAAUGCAGAAACAAAAGCACUAAAAGAAGCAGAAGAGAAGACUAAGGUACUAAAUGCUUUGGCAAAUUCAGAUGUUAGAUACAGGAAAUACUCAAUUGAGGAGAUUGAAGUUGCCACGAAUUAUUUUUCACAAGCUCAUAAGAUUGGAGAAGGAGGUUAUGGGCCAGUAUAUAAGUGCUGUCUUGACCACACUCCUGUUGCAGUUAAGGUUCUUCGUCCUGAUGCUACUCAAGGAAGAUCGCAGUUUCAGCAAGAGGUCGAAAUUUUGAGUUCUGUACGGCAUCCCAACAUGGUCCUUCUUCUAGGAGCCUGCCCUGAGUAUGGUUGCUUAGUAUAUGAAUACAUGUCCAACGGAAGCUUGGAAGACCGUUUAUUCCAGCAUGGAAAAACUCCUCCACUAUCCUGGCAGCAGAGGUUCCAAAUCGCUGCUGAAAUUGGCACAGGACUGCUUUUCCUCCAUCAGACGAAGCCCGAGCCACUUGUACAUCGUGAUCUAAAGCCUGCCAAUAUUUUGCUUGACCGUAACUUAGUUAGUAAAAUUGGUGAUGUGGGCUUGGCCCGGCUUGUCCCUCCAUCUGCGGCAGACAGUGUCACUCAAUACCUCGUGACGUCUACUGCUGGAACAUUCUGCUAUAUUGAUCCUGAGUAUCAACAAACUGGCAUGCUUGGUGUUAAAUCCGACAUAUACGCACUUGGAAUCAUAUUCUUACAGCUUCUUACAGGCAAGCCACCAAUGGGUCUGACUCAUCAUGUUGAAAGAGCGAUUGAGAAAGGGACAAUAUGUGAGAUGCUCGAUCCAUCGAUCCCUGAUUGGCCGGUUGAAGAGGCCUUGAGCUUUGCCAAAUUAGCACUCAAGUGUUCUAAACUACGAAGGAAAGACAGACCGGAUCUUGGUAAGAUCCCUGAUCCAGCCGUAGCUACAUUUUUGUGUCUAGAGAAAUCUGAUGUCAGGCCCUCUUCUUGUGCUUUGUAG